AUGGACCAGCCAAACAUCAGUGUUCCUCACAAAUAUUGUAUAUCCGCUACCCAGAAUCUCCACUCUUUUCACCCCUUUGUUGAUGCAAGUAAGGGUGAUGACCUGCUUCCUGCUGGGACUGAUGAUUAUAUCUAUAUAAGAAUUCAGCAGAGAAAUGGCAGGAAGACCCUUACAACUGUCCAAAGGAUUGCUGAUGAUUACGAUAAAGAGAAACGAGUGAAGGCGUUUAAGAAGAAGUUUGCCUGCAAUGGUACUGUCAUUGAGCAUCCAGAAUACAGAGAAGUAAUUCAGCUACAGGGUUACCAGUGCAAGAACAUAUGCCAGUUCAUUGUGGAGAUUGGACUGGCUAAGGACGACCAGCUCAAGGUUCAUGGUUUUCCACCGCAAACCAAAACGGCACCCAAGGCGCCAGCUUUGACUCCCGGAAGAUCGAGCCCGGUGCCUGGACCAGCUUCCCGCCCGCCGGCCCUACCUCGUCCUGGGGGAAGCUCUGGAGGGCAGGUAACCGUGGCCACCGAGUUCCAGACAGACAAGAUCUCCGCCCAGGGCUCCUCAACUCCGCACUCUGCGAUUGUGCCUUUUAUUUUAAUCCUUAUUUGA